AUGAUAGCAUCAAAGAACUGGAUAGUUGGCAAUGACCUUUGCGUUCUUCCGAACGAGCUGGUCGAUAUACACCUGCAGAAGUGCGACCAACCGAAUGAAAAUUGGUCGCUUAUGAAAUGUAAAGUGAUUCACGAAUUAGAUUCUCUGCAGUCAGCAAAAGACCUGUUAGCUGCCCUACAGGUACUGGAAUGUCGAAGGAAAAACACCUCUACGGAUGAAAACACUUUGCCACUGAACACUGAGAAGCCAAAGAGAGGUUUAAUGAAGCGUAAAGAAGAUUUUCUUUACAAUUCAGUUGACAUGGAUGUGGCUGAAAUGCAGGCUGGGAAUAGCCGCGUACAAUAUCCAAAAUUCCGUGUUUUCAACAAAGUGAUAUCGCCAAUCGCCAAUUCAACACAAUUAGAGAUAUCACCAUCCACAUCGCAAUGUAAGCCUGUUGGUGGCACUGUAUUGGACCAAUUGUAUACGGUGGUGCUGAAGAUGUCGUCAGCUAUCACUGACUUGACUCAAACGAUUAACAACAUGUCGUCCGCCAUUACGAACUUGAAUGUUAAUGUUAACCAAUUGCUUUCAAAGUCUAAUGAGCGCGAAAGACCGCAUGAAUUCGAUUGCGGACUGUCAAGUCAGGAGUUCCCUUUGUCAUCUGAAGAGGAACUACAGAUGCUAGACACUGGUUUGUCGCAGAAAGAAACCAGGGACAGAUUUAUGGCAAUGAAGAAAAGAAAAUCAGUUACAGUCAACAAUACUGACGAACAUAACCAAUUCACAGGACGACUACCCCAAUUUUUAUCAGAUUCAGAUUCAACUUUACCAGCCACAGACGACUUUGGGUCAAGGUUCUUAGAAUUUGAUGAAUACUCUUUCGAGCAGACUGAUAAUACAGAAAGUGAUGCUUUUUCUGCGUUUCUACAUCAAUUUCGCCCCGUUGCCGAACAAAAGGUUUCGUUUCUCGAUGAGCGGUUGCUUGCAACAAAUAGUGGACGUAAGAAAUACAUAAACCUUGCUCUUGAAGAUGACCAGGAUUCUAAUACCAGUGACAAUUUGAAGGCCGGGGCCAGCUCUGGCAACAAUUCUGAAGAUGAUGAAAUGGAAUAUAAACCUCCAAAGUUGUUAACUGCACGACAUAUAAGUUUACAAUCACAGAAAACUGCUGUUCCAACUGAUAUUAAGAAAAUGAAGCAGUCUACAGCUCAUUCCAGACUAAUUAGUCUAGAAUCCUUGAAUUCAACUAAACCAACUCCAACUUUAACACCGGAACAAAUUGCCGUCCGGCAAAAAAGAAUAGCUCACCGCAGAGAAUCAGCUAAGCACAAAGCGGAAAUGGAAAAGCUCCAAACAGUGGAACGUUUGCUCAAGAUUAAUGCAAAUGUUAUUGGGCGACGUGGUCGAGGUCGAGGUAGAGGUCUUCGGAAUAAUGGUUUGGCACACUGUGAUCAGAUCUCAUCUCAAACGCGUUCACAGUUUGGUGUUUUAAAGUAUGAGGGGGAUUUAGUUGAAAAGGAGUAUCUCAAUGACACGCAUGCUUCAUUACGACCCAGUGAAGGUAAUUGCAUGAAUACCGAUUUUGUGGACAAUGCUUAUGAAAAUACGAAAUUGUCUGAUAAUAACAUUUCUGCUAGUUUGCCAAAUGUUCAAUCAUAUAAUCCCAAACCAGGAUACAUCCGCUUUGUAUCUUCAUCUCGUUUAUCAACACAAACAGUCAUCUGUUUACCUGAGACAGAUAAUAAUAGUGACAAGGAUAUUUAUUUGCACACAAAUGUUUGCAUACAAAAAGUCGAAGCUCCUGAAAUACCUAAAUCACGUCUAUGCGACAUGGGUUGCGGUUGUGCUAGGCGCUAUGAAUGUGCUAAAACAGGCCGCUCCUUAUGUAGUUUAUCCUGUUAUAAAGCUAAUUUGUCAGGAUUCCCAUUAACUAUCUCAACUUAA